AUGCCGUGUUCUGUGGGCCCUACGCGCAGGCUGCGGGCGCUGCCGCUGUGGUGGCUGGCGGCGGCCUUGCUGGUGCCUCCGGCGGCCGGAAGCGGCGGGAUAGACUGCCGGCGCACCCCCGACGGCAGCACCACGCCGCGCACCCAGCUCGUCGACGACCGCUUCAAGAUCACCGUCAGCGGCAACCCCGACAGCUACGUGCCCGGCGAGAGAUACCUAGUGAAGCUGCAGGCGUCGCGGCAGCUGCGGCCGCCGUCGCGCUUCACGGGCUUCAUGCUGACGGCGGAGGCGGGCGGCGAGGCGUCGCUGGCGGGCGGCGACGAGCAGCCGCCGGCCGAGCCGCCGCGCUACCGCCAUCACGGCCGCGGGCCGCACGGCGCGGGCGCCUUCUCGCUGUACGGCGACGCGCUCACGCGCUUCAGCGACCGCUGCCCCAACACCGUCACACAGACCUCCACCUCGCCCAAGGCCGAGGUGCAGGUCCUGUGGACGGCGCCUCCGGCCGGCAGCGGCUGCGUCGUCUUCAGGGCUACGGUAAUAGAGCGGCCAGAUGUGUGGUACAUGGACGAUGGCCCCCUGAGCUACACGUUUUGUGAAGAAGUCCACAACUCCUUCGACGAGCAGCCGCCAGUGCAGAAGGAGUGCUGUGCGUGUCAGGAAGCAAAGUAUGAGCUGACUUUUGAAGGACUGUGGUCGCGGCACACCCACCCCAAGGGCUUCCCGGACGACAGCUUCUUAGCUAAGUUCAGCGACGUGAUUGGAGCGUCGCACACAUCCGAUUACUACUUCUGGUCCUACGGAGCGAGGGCUUCCCCGGGUCUGAAGCAAGUGGCUGAACGUGGCUCUACCCGCGAACUGGAGCGCGAACUCAAGGCCCAGAGUCAAGAAAUACGCACUAUAAUUAAAGCACGUGGCAUAAGUUUUCCGAAUGUGACGGGGAAGACGUUUGCAGUUUUCCGUGUUGACCGGAAACAUCACCUGGUCUCAAUUGUUUCUAUGAUAGAUCCAUCACCUGACUGGAUUGUCGGAGUCGCCGGCCUGGAGCUCUGUUUGCAAGACUGCACCUGGGUGGAGUACCUGGAACUGAACCUCUACCCGUGGGACAUAGGGACAGACAGUGGAAUCACAUAUACUUCUCCUAAUAUGCCAACAGUCCCCCAAGACGUAAUUCGACGCAUCACAUCCAGCUUCCCGAACAACGAGUCAUCUCCCUUCUUUGAUAAAACUGGUGCUCCAAUGAAGCCACUCGCUCGUCUCUACCUCACGAGGCAACGACUAUACGAAAAAAGCUGCACCGACUAUCCGACGCGAGAUUCUGGCGAAAUGCCGGAAAAUCUUCAGGAAGAAUGCAUGACGACGCCGUGGUCGGACUGGGGCCCGUGUUCGGUGACGUGCGGGAGUGGACACAUGCUGCGGCAGCGGUCUUUCGUCGACAUCCAGAGGUCCGACGCCAGUGGCUGCAAACAGAAGCUCACGUCCAGGAAGGCGUGCACAGCGGCGCAUCGCAGCUGCAAGUCCCAGCCCCAGGAGUGGGAGUGUGAACUCUCUGAGUGGUCUGAAUGGUCGGGAUGUAGCAACAAGUGCGGCCCGGGCGCCCAGAUGAGGAAGCGCCAGUACAAACACUCGCACUACCAGAAGAAGUGCAAAGUGCAGAGAAACGCCCCCAAGCUGCAACAGACCAUCGCCUGCUUCAGCAAGGAAUCUGACGACUGCAGCACCACUUCUGAAGAGGAGGAAGAGUUUCUAAAUAACCCUUCUGAAGACGAAGAUCCCAACUGCAGAACAACGCAGUGGUCCGAGUGGAGCCAGUGCAGCGCCACGUGCGGCAACGGCACCAGGACGCGCACCAGGCUGCUGUCCUCCCGGGACGAGGACACGCGCCUCAUGGUGGCCGUCCUGUCCGACAACCCCGUGGACACCACGCGGGACUGCUCGCACGUGCCCCUCGAGCAGGAAGUCGAGUGCCAGGGCGACAUUCCCAGCUGCGUGAUAUCAGCCAAGGAAGCAAAAGAAAUCUGCAAGCAUCCGAAAAGAUCAGGCUCUUGUCGAGGAACAUAUAUUCGCUGGUUUUUUGAUGGAGAAGAGUGUACAGAAUUCAGAUAUGGUGGCUGCCGAGGAAAUAGGAAUAAUUUUGAAACCAAAGAAGAAUGUGAAGAAGUAUGUAUGUCUAACAUGGAGGACCUGAAGACUAACAUCUCAGCUCGAUUGCAGCAGUACGGCGUAUCCUUGUCAGGAAUUCUUUCUUACAACAUAGCACUUGAAGACGCUACUAGCAGUGCUGACAAGAGCAAGCUGAUGAAUGUAAACUGCGGUUCAGAUGAAAAUGAGGCAACGGAGAACUCUCUGCGAGGUAUUGAAGCAGGAAAUUUUAUAGUUGACUCAUCUCCAAUAUAUGGACUGACUUCUUUCCCAAGUGUCAGCGAUAGCAUAAACAGUUUAUCAACUGACAAAUUUUCAGAGGAACCUGUGAAUUGUCUAAUGAGUGAAUGGUCAGAGUGGUCACCUUGCAGUGUAACCUGUGGCAGAGGUUACAAGACAAGGGAAAGGCAUGUUCUGUUACAUCCAACUCAUGGAGGUAAGAGAUGUCCAAGUAAACGCACGAGAACAAAACCAUGUCGAAAAGGACGUUGUGACCCAACAGAAGUUGAUGACAAUCCAACAUGGGGAGAACCUUAUGCUAUAGUGACAGUUUUAGAUAAUGACUGUCAGCUAGCAGAGUGGAGUGCAUGGUCUCACUGCUCAGCAACAUGUGGACAUGCAUACCGACAGCGCACCAGAAGUAUUAUCCAGCCUCGGAAACCUGGAGGAGCACCUUGUGGAGCACGACUACAAAAGGAGAAAUGUGAGCUUCCAAUAUGCAAAGAUUGAAGUAUGGUAGUACUGAGUGGCUAUACAGUAACUGGUGAUUUUUAAAUAAAAGUAUCAUAAGCAGAAGAAAAAACAUGAAAGUAUGAUACAUGUGACAUUCUGUCUAAGCCAUAUUAGGUUCACUGAUGAAUGAAGUACAGUAAUGUAAGCCAUUCCGUUCAAACUUUAAUCCCAUUAUGAACUUAACUUAAAAUUUAAUUUCACAAGUCAGCAUUAGAAGGCAGAUCACAACCACGGUACAGAGGUGUUCAUUACAAUAAUGUUCAGUGCAAAAUAAUACUUUGAAAUGCAUUCUUAUUUCCCCAAAUUUCUGCUGUAUUCUUUUAUCAUUCUUGUGACAACAAUUUCUGUAACUGUGUACAGCUGCAUAUUGUGUGAUUUGAAGGUUGAAGGAAAUAAAAAGAAACAAGGAAAAUGCAAGUAGUGUAUUUAAGAAAAAAGCCAUCAGGUGGCAUGUAUGUAAUGAAAGUUGUGCUGAAUAUCAUUGAAUAAUGUACUUUGUAUAUGGAUGCAUUUUUAGUGUGUGCUGUAUUAUCCAGUAUUCUGUGAAUGGAGAAGGAAUAGCAAAUGUGAUUCAAUAAAACUUUUUUUUAUUGGAAGAUAAGACAGGGUUUCACCUAAUGUUACAUGGAAGUAUGCAUCCCUGACUAAUCAUGAGAUGCAAUUGCAUACUAAAUACAAUGAUUUUGAUUUGUGUUAGACAUGCAAAAUCUGUUGAGGUAUUACAUAUCUAAAUGACAGCAUAUAUUUGAUAGAAAUCUGAAAAGAAAAUUUAUGAUAUUUAUUUAUUCUCAUCAUCUUAGACUCUUAUCUGUACCAGUAACAGUAUGUCUAUACUUGCUGCCUUGUAUGCUUCAAGUAUUUUCAGUAGGAUUUCAAAAUGAGAAAAAAUGUCAUUUUUGCACACCAACAGUACAAAUAUGCAUCUCUUGUAAAAACCAAGGAAAAAGAUACAUGAAGUAUUUCAUAUAUUGUUAUAUAAUAGUUUUAAAGUAUGUGCCUCUUGCAAUAUUCUGGGAAUGGAUAUGAAAAGUUCAUUGCAAAUGGAUUCAGGAACCAGUUUUAUUUGAAUUCCAAACAAUUGUAUGUAUUUAUUUCUGUCAUCAAGUGGAUACUUAGAUUUCUGCAAGUCUCCAAGCAUUAAAUAAAUAAGCACCCACUUUAUGCAGAACACAUAAAAUGAAAAGAAGCCACAAAUUACAAUGUGAAUUUUCAGCAUCUUGCAUCAAGUAAUAAUUUAUGUCCCUGUCACUUCUUAAUAGUCUGUCCCAGCACAGUGAUUUACAUAAACCUUCCUGAAACAGACGAAUACCAUGAAAAGCAUUUUUAUAUAGAAACACAAAGUGGAGACAGUACAUCCUCUGUGCUCGUGAAGUACAUCAAGAGAAAUACAUGUGGGAGUAGUACAGUAUUGUUCAUCAUUUCCAUUUUUUUAUUUCAUGAUGUAAGCUUACAGUGCAUUGCACUAUCGAAUUUGAUUCUGAUGUCAUUCACACAUCUUUAUUACUAGUUCUGCAUGAUUAUGCAUACUGUAGCUUUUAUAAUAAGCAUUUGUUUUGAGAUCUCCAAGGUUGGCUCUAAACACAAAAAUGUUUUUCCAUAACCCUCUAAAUUGUGACUGUAGUGAAGAUAAAACGGAGAUGAUUAGAUGACAGGAAACAUGCAGGAGCAUCUUGGUUGCUCUUAGCUGAAGACUAUAAUGCAUGUUUAGAUGAGACUUUUAUCCAGCAGUGGGUGUCAAAUGGCUGGUCAUGAUAAAGUUUAUGAAUAGAGCCUAAUGCAUGCCUAUGUAAAGCAGUGUAAUAUAAUUCAAAUAGCUCUUUUCUUUGUUGUAUAAAUCUCUUCAAUCUGUUAGACUGUUCCACAAAUUAUUGUGAAACAUGAGUUAUGAGGGCCAGAAAAUAUGUGAAGUGUGCCAUUCUGGCAUGUACAAACUUUAAGUAAUUGUGACAGCAAAACAAGCUGAACUGAACUUCUGUGAAUUUUUCGUUACAUGUUUGAUCACAUUUCAGUACUGGUCAGUGUACAUCCUAAACAUUUUUUCUAAAUCCUGACAUUCUAACAUAUUUAUUUUUAUUUGAGUGUAUGUAAUUGUUUUAUUUAAAUUAAAUGUUUAUUGUUAAAAUA